GUGGAGGUGCGUGCCAAGCGGCCACGGCAGACGCAAGAGGUCUACUAUCAAUCGGGCCUGACGUCCUCCCACGACCCAGCGUGGGUGCAGCGACAAUUGGAGGUGCUAGCCCCCAAGCUGCGGUCGCAGCUCGCCACGAAGGUUAACAUGGGCCAGACGCCUAACAUCAAGUUCGUGCCGCAAGCCGCCUCGCAGGAGCUCAAAAGGGAGUACUUGUGGCAGUUCGCCAAGAAGCUGCAGGACGAGGCCCUGACCAGCACGGGGGCGGACAUCUGCCUGGUGAGCGUCUUGCAAAAAUUGUACUGAGGGAUGAGGGAUGACCGCGUACGUGAAGCUCGCGUCCUGGGUCGAAAGCAAACGGUUCGAGGUGCAGGUUGGGGUACGACAAGGAGACCCUUUUACCACUGGUGCUAUUGAACCUGGCGGUGGCGAGCUUAUUUCACGAGGUGGAGGUGGUCUGGCAGGACAAUCAGUGCGGGGCCUUUGUCUAACGCACAUUGUCUUUGCUGACGACACAACGUUACUGGCCACAUCGUGGCCUUCGCUGAAGCGCAUGGUCCAGAUGCUCCGGGAAGCCCUGGCGAAGCGAAGCGCAAGGUGCAGACAAACCGCGUAGGCGGCGUCGUGCGAGGAGACAUCGUCCUGGAUGAAUGUUUCUCUGUCAGCGUGUUGCAUGAAGGCAUGUGCCAAUCUCGAAGUUUUGGGGGCUGCGUUUUCGCUGUCUGACAUCACCGGGGCGGAAAUCGAGCACAGGACAAAUAUCGGUUGGAGGAAGUUCUGGGCGACGAAACCCUUUCAUUUGAAC